AUGGCCGUCAGGAGGAUUUUCCUUGUUACUGCGUUCCUGAAUGCUGUUCUAGCAGCACCGCAGUUGAAUCCGAGAGACGCUACCAUUGUUGUACUGGAGAAUAACUUCAACGGAGUUGAUCCGUGGCACUGGAGGUACGAGACGAGCAACGGCAUCCGGCAGGAGCAGUUCGGCACGGAGGGUGACGGCGCGCGCCUGCGGGGCAGCUUCUCGUGGCAGCCGCCAGACGCGGGCGGCGCCACCUACAGCGUCACGUACGAAGCCGACGAGAACGGUUACCGGCCCAGGGUGGCCUUCGGCAGCGGACCAGUGGCUGUGCGCCCCACACCGCUGCCGCGACCUACAGAACUGCCCUUCGUACAGAAGAUUGGAAGUAACGCUGCACUUACGCUGGUGGGCUGA